AUGGAUCAGACUAAGAAGCACAUCAAAGUUUCUCCCGAGGAGAAGGCUAAUGUGUUUUCCAAAAUUUUUUAUUGGUGGUUUUUGCCUUUCUAUUAUUUCGGUUAUAAAAACGACAUACAGCUAAAGGACAUAUACAAUGCUUCGAAAUCGGAUCACUCUGAAAUGUGGGGAGAUAAAUUGCAAAUGAAUUGGGAAAAAGAAUUAAAGAAAAACAAACCCAACUUAAAACGUGCGAUUUUCUAUACGUUUGUCAAACCGUACUCACUAUCAGGAAUUGUUCUAUUCUUUCAAUACAACAUCAUGAAGGCGACAUCGAUUAUCAUCGUCGCCUUCAUAAUCGUAGUUUGCUCUCACGGGUCAUCGUUGUCGGCCCAAAGGGUGGGAAUGCGGGCGAGAGUGGCCGUCUGCUCGCUGAUGUACCGAAAAGUGCUGAAGUUGAACCACAAGUCGCUCGGCCAAACGGCCAUCGGCCAGGUGGUCAAUCUCAUGUCGAACGACGUCCAACGGUUCGAUUUGGUGUCACUGUUUUUGCACUACAUGUGGGUGACGCCCAUCAACGUUCUCGUUUCCUUCUACGUUAUGUACCAAAGCGUCGGAAUCGUCGCCGCCGCCGCCGGAAUGGGCGCUAUCAUCUUGGAAUCCAUACCGAUACAAGCUUUCCUGUCGAAUCUACAGGGAAAAUUCCGGUACCAAAUAGCUAUCAAAACGGACAGACGAGUGAAGCUGAUGAACGAAAUUACGUCGGGUAUACAGGUAAUCAAGAUGUAUGCUUGGGAAAAGCCCUUCGAAAAAAUGGUGACACUGUCUAGAAAGUUAGAAGUAAACUACAUUAGGAAAUCGUCUUAUAUAUUCGGAAUGAUAUCGUCGAUGGCCGUAUUUGCGGAACGAUUAUGUUUGUACGUUACUGUAAUGACGGUUGUAUUGUUAGGUAAGAGCAUAAGAGGAGACGUCAUAUUUUCGAUCGCGCAAUUAUUCAACACUGUAAAACUCACGAUUUGCAUAAACUUACCCUGGUGUCUAUCCUAUUACGCCGACGCCAAAGUAUCACUAGCAAGAAUUGAAAAAUUCCUGCUGUUAGAGGAAGUUGAUGCCGAGAAGCUCAUCACAAGUGAGGGAGAGGUGGGCGAAGUAAAACUUAAUGGUGUCACGGCCAGCUGGAAGCUAGACUCAAUCGCCCCUACUCUCAUUGAUCUCACCUUCCGAAUCGAGCCGGGCACGUUAUGCUGUGUUGUUGGUAAUGUUGGGGCCGGCAAAAGCAGCAUUUUACAGUUGCUGCUUAGAGAAUUGACUGUAAAAUCGGGCACAAUGACCACCAACGGGAGGAUCGCCUUCGCCUCGCAAGAACCUUGGCUGUUCGUCUCCAGCGUGCGGAACAACAUUUUGUUCGGAAAGCCUUACGACAGGGAAAGGUAUCGUGAAGUGGUAAAAGUGUGCUCGUUGAUCAAAGACUUUCAGCAAUUUCCCUUUGGUGAUAAAACAUUGGUGGGAGAAAGAGGAGUGUCGUUGAGCGGCGGCCAAAGAGCCAGAGUGAAUUUGGCGAGGGCUGUGUACAGCGAAGCAGACAUAUACCUAUUUGACGAUCCUCUAUCGGCGGUGGAUACGAAAGUCGCUAGACACCUUUUCCAGGAAUGUUUCAUAAAAUACUUGAGCGGCAAAACCAGAGUUUUGGUCACGCAUCAAUUGCAAUUCAUGAAACAAGCCGAUUUGAUUAUAACUGGAAGAAUCGAGAAGAUUGGAGAGUUCGACCAAUUGUCACUGAAAGAUUUGAACAUCAUACAACAAGAAGCUGAAAAAAAUGGCAAGAAUGAAUUAAUAAAAACGGAAGGCAAGGAAAAAAUCGAUGAAGUCGAAAUAGAUACUAAAAAACAUGACCCCUUCCAAUCUAAUAUAUCUCUUGUAUCUAAAUUUGGCGAUGAAACGCAAGAAAAGGACGAAUUAAUUGAAAAAGGCGUUAUUAAAACCAAAACGUACAUGGCCUAUUGGAAAGACGGUGGUGGAUGGUUUUUUCUACUCUUCACCCUAUCAAUGUUCAUCAUCGCUCAAAUAGCUUCAAACGCAGCCGAUUUGUGGCUAACAAAUUGGACUAACGUGGAAAAAGAACGAAUCAGAAUUUUCGAGAAAAACAUAACUUCGAGCAAUCGUACCUUUAACGGAACCGUCAAUCACACUCUGGACGCGACAAAUCUACCCGACGUGGAUAUCAAACCCAAGGAGUACUACAUGUGGAUUUACACCAUUUUCAUAUUUAGCUCGGUGAUAUUCCUGACGUUAAGAUCGUUUUUGUAUUACAUCAUUUGCAUGAAAGCGUCGAAGGUACUGCACAAUAAGAUGUUCACGAACGUCUUGCGAGCACCCAUGAGAUUCUUCGAUACGAAUCCAUCGGGUCGAAUUUUGAGCCGAUUUUCGAAAGAUAUGGGCGCUAUGGAUGAACUUCUACCGCGCUCUUUAAUUGAAGCUAUUCAAGUGUUCCUAUUGCUGAUCGGUAUAUUAGCAAUGGUCUUUAGUGUUAUUCCGUGGAUGGUCAUUCCAACCAUCGUUCUUGGAACAGUUUUUUAUUGGUUUAGAGUUGUAUAUUUGAAGACGGCGCAAGGCAUUAAACGAUUAGAGGGAACAACUAAAGCACCUGUGUUCUCUCAUCUAUCGGCUACUCUUUGCGGAAUACCUACAAUCAGAUCGGCGAAUGCUCAACAAAUGGUUACCAAAGAAUUCGAUGUGCUACAAAAUCAACACACAAGCACUUGGUUCCUAUUCCUAAUUAGUAGUGUUUCGUUCGGUUUUUAUCUCGAUAUGAUAAGUAUCACUUUCCUAGCAUUGCUUACCUAUCAAUUCGUACUGUUCAACAACGGACAGUUUCUUAGCGGUAAUAUCGGCCUGGUAGUUUCCCAAAGUUUGAUUUUAACAGGUAUGUUGCAGUUUGGAGUUAGGCAAAGCGCCGAUGCGGCCAGUAAUAUGAUUAGCGUCGAACGAAUUAUGCAAUAUACGAAACUAGAUAGAGAAGGUCCCUUCGAAACAGUAGGUAACAAACCGCCGAGAGAUUGGCCCAUUAAAGGAAGAAUAACUUUCAAGAAUACUUGCCUUAGAUACGCUAUGGAACUGCCGCCUGUAUUAAAAAAUAUUAACAUAUGUAUUGAACCCUCCGAAAAGGUUGGUAUAGUAGGAAGGACAGGUGCUGGUAAAUCAACGUUAAUUUCUUCGAUAUUUAGACUAGCGCCUAUAGACGGUACGAUUUGUAUAGACGACGUUGAUACAAGCAAAAUCGGUCUAAACGAUUUAAGAUCAAAUAUUUCGAUAAUUCCACAGGAACCCGUGCUAUUCUCAGCUUCCCUGAGAUACAAUUUGGAUCCCUUCGAAAGGCAUUCGGAUGAAGAUUUAUGGAAUGCGUUAGAGUAUGUUGAAUUGAAGUCGGCCUUUCCUGAUCUAAAUGUGAUAAUCAGCGAGGGUGGAUCGAAUCUUAGCGCCGGUCAAAGGCAAUUGAUUUGCCUAGCUAGAGCCAUAGUAAAGAACAAUAGGGUCUUAGUCAUGGAUGAGGCAACAGCCAACGUCGAUCCGCAAACUGACGCACUUAUUCAAAAAACUAUUCGCGAGAGAUUCAAAGACUGCACAGUUCUUACGAUUGCUCAUCGACUUAAUACCAUCAUGGACUCGGAUCGAGUAUUGGUUAUGGACGCCGGAGAAGUCAUUGAAUUUGAUCAACCGUACAUCCUGCUGCAAAAUCCAGAGAGUUUUUUCUCAAAAAUGUUAAAGGAGUCUGGACCCGCUAUGGAGGAUAGUUUGAAGCGCGUGGCUAAAAAGGCUUACUUGAAGAAAAACACCCUGCCGAUACACAAUGAGGUCAAUAAGAAAAUUGAUUGA